AUGGCUAAAAAAAAAAACAAAGCUAUUUUUCUGCCAACAAAUAUUCCAAAAUUACAAAAUUUAAUAAAACGAGAUCCAGAAUCAUAUAAAGAAGAUUUUUUUAUACAAUGGAGACAUUAUGAAGCAAUGAGAGAUAUUUUAACGGAAAACGUUGAACAGAAAAAUGAAAAUUUCCUAAAUAUUAUUAUAUUUAUAUCUCAAAUGUGCACAUACUAUCCUAAAGAAACUAAAAAUUUUCCAAACGAUAUAGCUACAUUAUUGUUGAAUUUUCAAAAUAAUUUAAACAACGAGACUAAAGAAAAAAUCAUCCAAGCUCUGAUUCUUUUAAAAAAUAAAAAUGUAAUUUCUUCCAAUUAUUUACUUAAAGUUAUUUUCCCAAUUUUAUUGUCAUCUAACACUAAAUCACUUCAUAUGCGAAUAUUUAAAGCAAUUUUAUCAGAAAUAAAAAAUGCAAAUCUUAAAUCAUAUAAUAACAAAAUAAACAAAAUGGGAAAAACAAUUCUACUUGAAAUAAUACAAAAAAGUAAAGAAGAAGAAUCUUCUCUUGGAAUAUGGGCAGUAAAACUUUGUCAAAAAUUGUGGAAAUUAAAAUUAUGGAAUGAUGCAUUUACUGUAGAAAUCAUGAAAGAAGCAGUAUUACAUUCAAAUAUUGAAGUAAUUAUAGGUGGAGUCCAUUUUUUCCUUAACGUUGAUUCUUUUUCUUUUGAUAAUAGUGAUGAUGAUAUUGAAGAUAGUUAUCAAAGAGAUAUAAAUGCUCUUAAUCAUAAAUUAUCUGUCAAUAAGAAAAGUAAAAAAAGAGAAAGAGAGAUUUUAAAAACAAUUAAUAUAAAAAAGAAAAAAAAUAAGAAGAAAGAAGAAAAAUUGCAUAGUUUUACUGCUAUUCAACUAUUACAAGAUCCUCAAGGAUUUGCGGAAAAAUUGUUUUCAAAGUAUUUUUCAAAAAAAAACAUAAAUCUUAUUUUAAAACAUAAACUACUAUUAUUACAACUCUUAUCUAAAUUAAUCGGCAUACACAAACUUAACGUUUUAGGAAUAUAUACGUUUUUAUUAAAAUACUUAAAUCCAAAUCAAAAAGACGUUACACAAUUUAUUGAUUGUGCAGCUCAUGCUUGUCAUGACCUUGUUCCUCCAGACGAAAUUGAACCUAUAAUUGAAAAAAUAGCAAAUGAGUUUAUUAAUGAUGCAGUUGCAUCAGAAAUAGUUAGUGUUGGACUAAAUGGAAUAAGAUCUAUAUGUUCUAAACAGCCUUUAGCAAUAAAAAAAGAGCUUCUUCAAAAUCUUUCAGAAUACAAAAAAAGUAAACAUAAAAGCGUAAUGAUAGCUGCUAGAAGUUUAAUAGGGCUUUAUCGUGAAAUUGCCCCAGAAUUUCUUAAAAAAAAAGAUAGAAGAAAAUUUAAUACUAUAUUUACAAGUAAAAAAGAACCCCUAAGAUUUGGAGAAGAACUAGAUGUUCAAAAAGAUAUUAAAGGAAUAGAAUUUUUAAAAGAAUGCAUAAAAGAAAAUGAAUCUAAUAUUGAUAAUUAUAAUGAUAAAAAUGAUAGAAAAAAUAAUUCUAAAAAACAAGAAAACAAGGAAACUAUUGAUACAAACUCAGAAAAAUGGAUUGAUUUCAAUAAUGAUACUAUUAUAAAUAAAACCGAAAACAACACAUAUAAUUCUACAAAAAUAGAGCUAACAGAAUAUAUAAAUAACGAUCAAGAAAUACCUAAAAAUAGUUCUCAAAAAACAGUAAUUAACGAAAAAACAAAUAAUGUUUUUGAUUUACAUACUUCUACGAUUCUUACUCCUUUAGAUUUUUUUAAACUUAAUGGAUUUAAAACACAACAAUGUAUAUUAAUGAAAAAUGAUCAAAACUCACUAAAAAGAAAAUUUACAAAGCAUACCGAUAACGAAAGUAAAGAAAAAUACUGUAAAAAAGGUAAAAGACAUAUAAAAAAUAUCCAAAAAGAAUUAGAAGAUGACAAAAAAAAAAUAGCUAGAAGAAUGAAACGAGCAAAAACAAAUCAUUCUACUACAAAUGAAAAAAAAUCUCGUAAGAAAAACUUUAUGAUGCUUAUACAUAAAAAGUCAAUUCAAAAAAAAAAAAAACAAAAACUAAUAAAUAGACAACGCAUAUUAAAGAAACAUAUUAUAAGAGAAAAAAAAAAAUAUUAG